CGUCGUCAGAUUGGCGGAAGUGUGUGGGUUGUGGUUUAGCGAGCGUCAUAGCAGCAGCGACGGGGAGCAGCAGCGCGGCAGACACACCCCAGCAGCAGCAACCAUGACCAACGUGUCGAACGAGCUGGUGUGGUCCCUGGUGCGGAGGAACACCUGCUUCCUCUACAAGAGGAAUGGCCAGACCAAGAGGUCCGGCAAAGUCGUUCUGACGGCCGAGCCCAACAACUUGACGAACGUCAACUCGUACAAGUACUCCGGCCUCGCGAACAGCAAGGCCGUCGGCAUCCAGUUCGCCAAGGACCCCAAGGACCGCCCGUGCGCCGCCAUCACCCUGAAGUCGUCCAAGAAUGGCAACAAGCCCAAGAAGUCAGUCGGCAGAUCCUUGCUGAAGAAGACCCACCCAAGCGUGUCCCAGGCCAUCAUGAAGCAGACCGGCGGCACCAACUACCGCCCUGACCUCCAGCACGCGGCGCUUGUCCGCUGGUCGAAGGUGCACCGUGCGCUCCGCGUACAGAAGGGCGAGAGGAAGCCCAUGACCGUGAACGCCGGCCGCAAGAACCUCAAGGCCACCGCCUAAGUUUCCGUUCGCCACCGCUGGUGCUGCUGAUGAUGCUGGUGCCACUAUAAUACCCUGCCACUGACUGGCUAGCGAGUAAGAACAUCAUCGCCGGCUUCGUCGGUGCUCUUCUUUCUGGCCCGCGAAGCUUUUCGAACGGCGUCGGACAUGGGAAUCGGUCACGUCGUGUCUAGUGUCUAGUGGAAAGCUUUGCACUCUGUGCUUCGAUGACUUGGCUUGCCAAGGCGCUUGAAAAGUUGUUUAGUGCGGUCGAUGGCGAAGAGAUCUUUUAGCCAGUCUGGAUUUACGCUUUCAUCCGUAUGAGUGUGGUGGUGAUGUCUCUCGGUGGCUGAAUAACGAACCCGUUGCUGCGAAUUUCAAUCUUUCGAAGCGCUCUCUUAAAUCUAUGUGCGCUCUGUAUGAGACGGAUGUACCCGUGGUGAAGCCAGUCAUUGCUGGUCCCCACGCCCACGGCUGGACCGAGCACCCACGGUUGUGGGGUGCUGCGCACAACGAACCAGAACAAGCAGGCGUUUCCGUCCGAUGUUUCGCUCUCAACCGGAGUCGACUUGACUCCAGUCUCUGCAACCCCAUUCUCCUGUGAUGGGACGAGGCAGGCCGAGCACAUGCGUUGCCUUUAAC